GCAGAAAUAACUGCAGGGGUUCAGUUUGUAUUUGCAAACUUACUUAAUUCAUUCCAUAAACACCCCCCCCGAAUCAUCUCUCUCCUACCUGAUGGUUUUGAUAUUCAUGCAACACAUUUAAUUAUUCCAGAUGGCCUUUGGAGAAGUCUAGAGUUCACUCAUGCCUCUGAAGCGGCUUCUUCAUGCUGUGAUUUGAAAGGAGCAGCUACUCCUGAAUUCUGCUGCAUUUGAACCUUGUCCACCACAGCUUGAGGGACCUCAUGGAAGGUGGCAAUCAGACCCUGACGGAGUUCUUGUUCCUGGGUUUCUCUGGCAUGCCCAGAGGUCAACCUUUCUUCUUUCUGCUGUUUCUGGCCAUCUACCUCAUCACCUUGGUGGCCAAUUCAGUCAUUCUCAUUUUGAUCCAGUUGGAUUCACGCCUCCACAGUCCCAUGUACUAUUUCCUCAGCCAUUUGGCCUGCUUAGACAUUUGCUAUUCCUCGGUCACCCUUCCCACCAUCCUGGUGAACCUCCUGCGCCAACAGCCCACCAUCUCCUACAACGAGUGCAUGGCCCAGAUGUUCUUUCUGAUGACCUUUGCAGGAACUGAAUGCGCCCUGCUGGCUGUGAUGGCCUACGACCGCUAUGCGGCCAUCUGCGAACCUUUGCACUAUUCUCAACUGAUGAGUAAGUGGGUGCGAGUCCCUCUGGCUACGGCUUCGUGGAUCUGGGGCAUGGUUGACUCUGCCACUCACACUGCCCUGGCCACUGAUUUGGCCUUCUGUAGAAACAACCAGAUCCAUCACAUCUUCUGUGACGUUCCCCCACUCUUGAAAAUUGCUUGCAGUGACACCUAUGUCAAUGAGAUGACUCUUCACAUAACAACAGUCUUUGUAGGAGUCUCUCCUUUCCUCCUUGUUGUCAUUUCCUACGUCUACAUCUUAUCUACAAUUCUGAAGAUCCGUUCUAGCACUGGAAGGAAAAAGACCUUCUCCACCUGUGGUGCCCACUUGAUUACAGUCAUUGUCUACUUUGGGAUGGCCAACUUAAAUUACAACCAUCCCAGGGUGGGUUACUCCUUGGGAGUAGACACUCUGGUCUCCAUCCUAUAUUGCGUUGCCACCCCCAUGCUGAACCCCCUAAUCUACAGCCUCAGAAACAAGGAAGUCAAAGGGGCCCUACAAAAACUUCUGGGCAGUCAGGAGAAGGAAAGAUAA